UCGUUUGUCCGCGCGUACGCUCGUUCGUUCUUCGAUCGUAGUCGAUUUAUGAUAUUUUGCGUUCCUGACUCAUUUAACUCCCUCGUUGUGUUGCACGUUCCUUACGACAGCUUUACUUUUGUGAGCUGCUCUUUUUGUAGUACGUUGUCUGACUUGAUUGUUCAAUCAGAUUGUGUCAUGCCUUCUUUACUGAAAGGAAGGUUGACAUCGUCUUCCCAGUAAAUCGAUCUAUGAAUGAUUCGCCUCCUGGAUACAUGUGUCGCUUUGAUCGGCGAUAAUGUUGAGAGAAUACCAUGUCGUGCUGUCUAUCACAUAUAUUUUUUUCGCUUGUCGUGUCUCUACUUCUAUCUUCUCUCACAGAUUUUCUCCCUGUUGUAUUCGCAGUGCACCGUGCAUUGAUGGUACAUGGCACUUUUUUUUUCUUUGGCGCUUCGUGAAAUAGCAUGUGUUUCUGACACAACGCGAAUAUGGUUUGUCCUAUCACUGGUGAUUGACAUGUCUAAGGUUCCAUAGAUUGAUUCUUCGGUAUGAGUUGGACCCACUUCAAGCUCCGAUCCAAAGCAGUCUAGUCGUUUUAGUGUUAGUGGAUAGUCUCGGGCGCUAAUAUAUCGUAUACCAGACGCGUCUACGCGUAACUAACAUGGCUUCCCAAAUCCCCUCAAGCUUGGGGUCCACCCCGACUGAAAAACGCGCUACAUGCCCUGUCGCACCAGGAAAUACUUGGAUUAAAAAGUUUCAAAUGCUUCCUGUACCGGGUCCAAUCGUGGUUCCUGGACCAGUUCCUCCUCUGCGAUUCAAAGCAGCAUCUUCGCGCAACUCAUCGUCACCGCCCAAGACUGGUGAUGAACCAUUGGCCGACCCAUUCAGAAAGCCAUGGACCGUCCUUACAACCUACCAUUUCUAUGGGUGCUCCAGAGGACGUUACAUUGCUGCUAGGGCCUGAGAAACAGCCUGUUCGCGCGUCGAUUGCGGUACUAUGCCGUUCUAGCAGUGUAUGGGAGGCAAUGUUCAGCGGCGACUGGAAUGCAAGCGAAAAGUCUGAAAUCGAAUUUCCAGAUGACGACGUGGAGGCCAUGCUGUUGGUGCUCCGCAUUGCCCAUCUUAAAUUCAAGGAUCUCCCAGGAAAACAGGCAUUGCCGUUGGGCCAGCUUCUACAGCUUACACUCGUAACCGAAAAAUACGACGUUGUUCACAUUGUGCGCCCGUUUUUAGAGAUGUUUGAAUGGGCUUCGAUCGACAAAUAUGUGGAACAUAGAAGCCCAUUCUGGCUCCUUGUUACUUGGACCUUCGGAUAUUCUGAGAGUUUUGCUGCGUUCGCUAUAGCUCUAAUUCGGCUUAUUGAGAUCACCGAAGGGGGUUCGAUUGAAGUGGCCGGGGUGGUUUUGCUGGAGAAAUACAUGCCACCAGGGAUUGUGGAGAGCAUGUUGAGGAUCCGCGAAGAAACGAUCGAUAAGAUGUUGACUAGAUGCUACAACUUACUGGACGGUGCACUCACGGGUCCAUCUUGCCUUGCGUACCUACCCAAAAUGCCUGGUAGCAUGGAUGAUACGACCACCACAAAACCAUCUACAGGCAGCUCGCAAGGGCCUAAAACUCCUGUCAGUUCGCAAGGUCCUGCGAUUUCUGUUAAGUCGCAAGAGCAUGCAUCUUUCGUCAACGUGCAAGGAUAUACAGUUCCCGAAGGCUCGCAAAGACAUAAAAUUCCCGCCACCUCGCCAGGACCUGCAUUCUCCUUCGAUGAACUUGAAAAAGCAGAGAACAAAUCAAUCUGUUCUUCAAUAAUCCUGGGAUCAUUGAUGGCACAAAUCACGAGAAUGGGGCUGAAUCCCAUUCGGAAAUCCAGUCAGGACAUUACCUCCACGGUACAAAUUCUGGCAGGUCACCUUUGUUCUCUGCAGCCCACCAUACCAAAAACAUACGACACAAGGGGUAUGACCAGCUCGGUUCCGAAUUGCACUUAUAGCACAUUCAAAUCAGCAUGCACAACAAUUCACGAGUCUUGCGCCAUAAGAUAUCGCAUUGAUUAUGAGAUUGCAGAAAUGUACCGCGAAAUAUCGUCGCCUGUCUUAGAUAUGCAUAUCAAGCACAUGGAAGAGCAAGCGAAAAAGUGA